AUGCCAGCAAAAGAAAUUGUACAUUUCAAAACGAAUAUAUAUGAGUAUUUAGAGGCUCUACCCAAAGCUACACAAGAAAGAUUAUAUCGUGAGUCUGCUACCUGUCUUGCUAUUUUCAGAUUGCUCCCGUCUUUAGCAAAGCAUUUUGUGAAUGCUUUGUUGUUCGUAGAAGACCCUUUCUUAAAAAAAGAUUUAGAGCAAUGGAUCAAACCAAAGGGAGCUUCUAAAUUUGAAGAAAGUUGGGAAAAAUUAUCGAGAUUACAUAUAUUGGCGGAAAAAGAAGGAUACAUAAUCAUGAACAAAACUUUUCGAGAAAACUAUAGGAAUUGUCUUACUGGAGGCGGGGAACAUCAAUCUUUUGGCGUUCCGCCGAGCUCCAAAGACAAACAUAGACCGGAAAAUACCAUUGAAUAUUUAGAUAGUUAUGCAAAAAAACAAUGGGAGUCUAUAUUGCACUAUAUGGUUGGUACGAGAACAAAACGUCCAGGAAGGGGAGUAGUUAAUUUGCUUACUGAAUCAGGGCUCAUGGCCGAAAGGCAUGAAGGAGACGAGGAUCCGCAGAUAACAAAUAAAGGAUUUCAAUUUCUAUUGCAAGACAUAAACACGCAAGUAUGGGCUUUUUUACUUCAGUAUCUAGAACUUGCAGGGAAAGAGAAAAACCCUCAAAGCAAUUAUCCUUCCAAUAAGAUACUGAAGAUGGAUCUUGUGGAAGUUCUCAAUUUCUAUUUCUUAUUGGGAAGCUUAGAACUGGGGCAGGAUUAUUCAAUCGAUCAAUUAACUCCUACUCAACAGCAGCUUAUAGAGGAUUUAGCUUACUACGGUCUUGUCUAUCGUAGAAAAAAGUCUUCACGGCGAUAUUAUCCAACAAGACUUGCCACAACACUCACCUCUGGUACUAUGUCGUUUACUAAGCAGCAUCCCGGAAAUAUAAUAAAUCCACUUGCUGUAAAAGAUAUGCCAACAGAACAAGGAUUUAUUAUUCUAGAGACAAAUUAUAAACUUUAUGCAUACACAAACUCACAACUUCAGAUUUCUGUUCUCAAUUUGUUUUGUGAGCUGACCGGUCGUUAUUCAAAUAUGGUAACUGGCAAGUUGUCAAGGGACAGUGCAAGGAAAGCUUUGAUGAGCGGCAUAACAGCUAAUCAAAUAAUAUCAUAUUUGACAUCGCACGCACAUCCUCAAAUGAAACAAAAGAGCCCUGUACUUCCAUUGACUGUGAUCGAUCAAAUACGAUUAUGGGAGAUGGAGCGAAAUCGCUUACAGGAUACUGAUGCAUUUUUGUAUACAGAAUUCAAAAGCGAACGCGAUUUCAAUAGUAUUCUUGAUCACGCGUACAAAUUAGGAAUAAUUAUAUGGGCCAAUAAGGCCAAAAGGAUGUUUGCUGUAACUGAGGAUGGACAUCCACAGAUACGCGAGUUCAUUAAAAAACGUAUGAAGAAAAAUGGGCCACAAGCUGGUGGAUCUUCGUCAAAGUCAUGA